AUCGUUAGAGCUACAUGUACGAUUGUCAUACAGUACACUCUGGUUAAAUUCAUGACGAUAUGGAUGAGACCUCUCGUUACAACGUGGUACAAACAUAAUGGUCUGUAAUGGAUUUACCCUAAUUCGGAAAUGAAAGCGUAUUUAAAUGCUGAAUUUAAAAGAGGAUAAAGCAAAUAGAUUAAUACUUUGAGAAGAUAAAGCGUGUUACCUAUCUAGUGUCAGUUGACCAUGGCUUGUCCGGCGUAUCCCAGUGUGGCAGCAGCGACUGCGACUUUGGUAAAUUCGACCACUGUCAAAUACGCGUGUAUAUCCGGGUACUCCAUGCAGGGGGAUACAGCCGUGCACUGUACAGGAGGUGUGUGGCAAAGCACGCUACCACAGUGUCUGAUUGUGUACGAAAACCAUGAGGUCAGCAAUACGAUAAACGUCUACGAAACUAUAGAACCGUCAGAGAUUCCCCAGUGGCUGCUGUACAUCAUGGCCGGGUCUGCCGGUAUGGCUGGUUUGUCCUUCCUCGUCGGUCUGUUGUUAUGCUGCCUCCAUCUUCUUGGAUGUUACUCUGGGCCUAUCGUGGGUUUUGGCGGGAACCACGUGUAUCCUAAAAAGCAGUGUUGUAACUGUGCUUACUGUUGCUGCUGCUGCUGCAGAUGUUGCAAAAAAUGCUGUACUGGGCCUGAUGAUGACGACGAUGAAGAGGACGAUGAGGAACAAAUAGGUUUACCUAUGUUAGAAAAGAAAGACCUCCCUACUAAAGGCGAAAAGGAUCCCAAUGAUCAACCUCCUGAGGACGAGAAUACAGUCAAUGAUGGAGCUAAGGGUGGGGCCAAAGGUAGAUCGAAAGGUCGCGCCAAGGCUGGGGCGGAUGACGGGCCGGUAGUGGACAAGAAAAAUUCCUUCCCCCCUGGGAAUAACAAGAACGCUGACAUGUGAUUGGUGUUAUUAUAUUACUUUUUAUUUCAUUCUAGUCUCGGAAAUGGUUUCAGGAUUGGAUAUGGAUGUUCGUUAUCCUAACCUAUUUUAAAAUAAUAUUGAGCGUUCGUGCUGUCUUGAUUGCUCUGCAACUGAUUUGACAAAUAAUUUAUUCUACAUUCCAAUGUGUUACUUACAUACUCCAUAUAGCUAUGUUUUCAGUACACACAGAUGUAAAUGAAUUUGUAUGACAUAAUCUUACAUUCACUUCUGUACCAGUACGUAAUUUAUUUAUGAUGAAUGCGUAAGUGGCUUUCAUAUUCACUAUAAAAAUUCAUUUGUGUGUGAAUUAACCAUUUUUAAUAUUCUUAUAAAGCAAAUAUUGUUCAUUCAUAAAAUGUCUGUGUUUUGUUUACAUUUUAUAUACUUAAUGGUGAAUGUUUGGUCAAAAGCAAACCUCAAAACGGGCUUGCCGCAUUUAACGUACAAUUAUGAUAUUAUAAUAAUAAUGACGUCAGCAACCGGCUAUUGCUUUCGUAUUAGUCCUGGAUAAAUUUGGUAGGGUUGUAUAGUUAUAUAAUUGUAAAUACAUCUAUGUUACUUUUCUGUUAGCACUCACAAGGUGUGACUGUAUAAGGGGGAAAACUAAGAGUGUAUUCCAUGUCACAUUAAACGUUACUUUUAAGAAUAAACGUAA